AUGCCGCAGGUGGAGGCGCUGACAGAUGCGCGGCCGCCGGAUGGCCGCGCUCCGCUCUCCUGCGUCCCGACCCUCAUCCCCGCCGCCCCAAGCGCCGCUCCCCGGCCCAUGUCCUCGUCCUCCUCGCCGCUGCUCGCCGCGCCGCGCACCUACGCCUCCGACAGCACCGCCGAGGCCGAGCCGGCCUCGCUCGGCGCCCUCGUGCGCGCCAACAACAUGCGCGGCAGCGCCCUCGCCGUGCAGGGCGCGGCGCUCGCGCUCAUGGCGCUCGUCUGGCAGCUCGUGCUGUCCAAGAUGGGCGGCAAGGGCGCACUGCCGCUCUUUGCGUGGCAUCCCAUGCUGCAGCUCCUCAACCUCUUUCUCGUGCUGCCGCUGUUCACUGCGGGAGCCUGGAUCAUGUGGCACCUGCACGAGCAGAGCGGCGCCCACUUCAUCAGCUGGCACGGCACAUUCGGCGCCGUGUGCGUCGUGUGGGCAUGGCUGCAGGCCGCAGUCGGCGCGGCGAGUGUCUGGGGCGGCGGCGCGCUGCUGGGCGGCGGCAGCAAGGCGAAAGCCGUAUGGAAGUGGCACCGACUCUCCGGCUACCUCCUGCUGCCCGUCUUCAUCCUCACCUUCGUACUCGCCCUCCUCGAGACGACGUGGGUGCGGCAAAACGCGAGCGUCUCGUGGCGUGUCUUUGGCGUGCUCGCACUUGGCGGCGUCCUCCUCGGCGGCGCCCUGCGCGUCCGGCCCUCCAAGCUGCCCAAGCUGUUCUGA